GGAACAGAUACGCCUUGACAAAACUGGCAUCUCCAUUUUUUGUGCAAAUCAGUUCCAUUUUGAACGAUGGAACGAUAUUUGACGUUUUUCGUCGUGAUAACUUGUUUCGUUCAUAAUUCAGAAGGAUCACUAAUCAAUUCCCCAUGCAAAAAAUCGUCGGAUUGGAGUAACCAUUACAUCCGUUGUCCCACUGAUCAUACGAUUUAUAUCGCAAAGCAUGUGAUUGAGGAUGGCUUUAACACACUGAUGUCCCCUGCCCUUGGGUGUUUCGCCAGUGAUGCUGUUUACUGUGGUGUCGAACUACCAACUAACAACACCAAUAUUAAAAACUACCACAUUAUGGACUCCGCCGUUAAUGCAUGUAAUGGACGAAAUGAGUGUACUCUGUCCAGACAGUAUUUCCUUGAAGCUGAAGCGGCUCUGAAGAAGUUUUGUAAUGCCUCACUACGACCCGAGGUACAGAAAGCAACUUUUCGACAGAGCAUUGACUAUGAAUGUAUUCAAGAUUCUCAGAUAAUCAACAUGUCCGUGGUCAAAAAUGAAAGCAGACCCUUUGGCCCCGUGUAUCUAAAGGCCUCAAGCGCAAAUUGUUCUUGUGACAUCUCCGGAGCUAUGUCAAGUAUUGAGAUCUUGCAAGCAAAAUCAGUUUUCCUGCUGAUUCAGUCAAAAGAAAACACCCUUUUAGAGCAUCCUGACACUAGCGUUGGUUUAUACGGCGUGCGUAUACCUCUUAAAACAGAAGACAUUGUCAUAACAAUACUGAAUGGUACAAACACAAGUUUGGCUCUGAUGAAAGUUCGCAGUGAAGGUAUACUUAGAAUUCGUUGCUCAAAUUAUAAAAUUCUUAGAAGAGCUCGAGAAUUUCGAGUUCAAAAAAUGAUUGAAUCUCGAUUAUUCCAAUCGUCACGUUCAUAUGGAGCUUUGGAAUCAACCACCAGCCAACAAAAUGAUCAACAAGUAGGGACCGUUAGACCAGACGUUAGAUUUACCAUUGGUGGGAGCCUUAAACCAAACUUUACAUUUACAAUUGGCGAUGUUUUAAAUUUGACACUGUCCUUCUUUAUAAUUUUCCUCUUUGUUCUUUCAAUUCUCUACAAACGAAGGACUAAUGGUCAUGUCUCAGCCGAAAUCAAAUUGAAAGACAAAGAGGAGAAACUUGUGCUUGUGUGUUAUCCAAACAACGGGCAGAAGAAAGCAAAGGUUGAGAUCCAUCAGGCGGACUGUAUGUGUGUGUCUACUACAGGUCGCCCUGUGAGAAGGUCUAACUACACAUCGCUGCAGAUUGUAAACCCGAGUGAGAGUUCUGAUCAAAGGAAUAAAAACAGUGCAGAUCUAUAUUCUGACGUUGUUUAAUCACAUCACACAUAUGUAUACUACAACAAGUUUAUAUUCCGAUUCUUUAGUUGUUUUUGCAGAUAACUUAUUUUGCGAAAACUGCUGAGUGUGUAUAUUAUAAACAAAGAGAUGGACUGAUGCAAAUCAAUAUUUUUUCAAUUUGAUACUAUGCUCGAAAAUGCCAGAAUGGAAAAUGCUGUGAUGAAAAUUAUAAUGCACGGUUAUAAAAUGUGCACUCUUACCUAGAAAUCCCAUCUAAGUUAAUGCAACCGAGGUUCCCAUGAAAACUCCUGAAAAAUCUUAAGAUAUUUAUUGUUACCUAUUACUUGCGUUUUGUGCAUUUUCAUGUGUCGUGUGUCAUUUGCUGCGUUUUGAAGUUAUUCUUAUAAGAUUAUUUUGUUUAUUUUGUUGUAUUGCAAGAGCUUAUAUUAAACUGUAAACUUGUAAUAGUACGGGGUGCAAAAAUAUUAUUUAUAUUUAAUCAUUUAU